GCCAUUUGCUCGCUGGUCGGCGCGGGGCAUCUCAAGCAUAAGGAGUUGAAUAACAAUAAAACGGGGGCGAAAACGCAGGAUUCCGCACCGCAAAACAACCCCGAUCCAUCCGAAUGGAGGCGGCCAUCAACCCGUCUCUUGACAGCUCUGUUGGAGUAGGGCUGUCUGUCAUUGGUGGGAUGGAGCAGAGUUCGGGCAAGCGUAUUCGGAAACCCUCGUUGCUCUAUGAGGGCUUCGAGAGCCCGUCUCUGCCCCACGUGCCUCCUCCCCACGUGCCUCCACCCGGACCUCCUCCGCCCCAGCAGCCACCGGUGACAGACCCCAGCCGACAAGGACGCUCCACCAAUCAGCUGCAGUUCCUCCACAAGGUCUUGGUGAAAGCGCUGUGGCGGCAUCAUUUCGCAUGGCCUUUCCAUGAACCCGUGGAUGCGGUCCGACUCAACUUACCUGACUACCAUAAGAUCAUCAAACAGCCGAUGGACAUGGGCUCAAUCAAGAAACGACUGGAGAAUAACUACUACCGCACUGCCAGCGAAUGCUUGCAGGACUUCAAUACCAUGUUCACCAACUGUUACAUCUACAAUAAGCCUACAGAUGACAUUGUGCUGAUGGCUCAGUCUCUAGAGAAGGUCUUCUUACAGAAGGUUGCCCAGAUGCCACAGGAAGAGAUUGAGUUGCCCCCUCCUACCCCUAAAGGCAGAGGAGCAAAAACCAUUAAAGGACGUAGAGGCAGAGGAGGAGGAAGUGUUACGUCAGCUCACCAGGUGCCUGCCGUGUCUCAGUCGGCGUACUCUCCUUCUUCACCCGACACGCCAGAUUCACGGUUUUCCACGCCUCCACAGACCCUGCUGAGCAGCAGCGGCCCACCUCCACAACUGAUGACCCCACCACCCACCCAACCCACUGCAAAAAAGAAGGGUGUGAAGCGUAAAGCCGACACCACCACUCCCACUACACUCAGCUUCCCUGUGACAGCAGGUGCUCGAAUGGGAGGCAUGGGGAAAGGUCACGGCUCGAUCGGAGAGAUGCCGCACUCGCUCUCCUCCAUGCCCGUGGACUGUUCACCCAGCAUGGGCGUGAACGACCCCACCCACCUCCAGCCCGUCCUAGGGCGACCCCUGUCCCGUCGUCCCAUCAAACCUCCACGUAAGGACCUGCCUGACUCAAUACGGCCCCAUCAGCCGUCGCGGCGGGGGAAACUAAGCAAGCAGCUUCGCUAUUGCAGUGGCGUCCUUAAAGAACUGCUGUCCAAAAAACACGCUGCGUACGCUUGGCCCUUCUACAAACCUGUGGACGCGUCAACACUGGGCCUGCACGACUACCACGAUAUUAUCAAACACCCCAUGGACCUCAGCACCAUCAAGAGGAAGAUGGACGAGCGUGAGUACAGAGAUGCCCAGCAGUUCAGCGCUGAUGUGAGACUCAUGUUCUCCAACUGCUACAAGUACAACCCACCUGAUCACGACGUGGUCGCCAUGGCUCGAAAACUGCAGGACGUGUUUGAGUUCCGCUUCGCAAAGAUGCCUGACGAGGUCUCUGAGGAGGAGGAAUUGUCUCCCUUGCCACUGGGACGGAACAUAGGCAUGCUGGGAAUGCACCACUCUUCCUCUUCAUCGUCAUCCUCCUCGUCUUCAUCGUCGUCUUCCUCCUCGUCGGAGAGCGAGCCAAGCAGCGACAGUGAACCGAGCAGCGACAGCAGCCCGAGCUCUGACAGUGAGGAGGAAAGAGCUCAACGCCUGGCCCAACUGCAGGACCAGGUGUGUACUCAGCUCAGAGCGGUACAUGAGCAGCUGGCAGCCCUCUCCUCCGGCCCGAUUGUCAAACCCAAAAGGAAACGGGAGAAGAAGAAGGACAAGAAGAAGAAAAAGAAGCCUGAGAAACGCAGAGGAAGUCGAAGUUUGAUGAGUGAUGAGCGGGACAAACCUGCCAAACUGUCUAAAAGCAAAUCCAGCCGAGCUUCGCUUUCAUCCACACAGAGCAAGAAAGGCCCUGCGAAGAAAAGCAGCAAGAACAAGAACACAAAGAAAUCAUCCUCAUCUCGUUUCACGCCGGCUGCUGCCGUCCCUUUGCCGCACUACGACUCUGAGGAGGAAGAGGACGGUCUUCCCAUGAGUUACGACGACAAGCGGCAGCUCAGCCUGGACAUCAACAAGCUGCCCGGGGAGAAACUGGGCCGCGUGGUGCACAUCAUCCAGUCGCGGGAGCCUUCGCUGCGCGACACCAACCCGGAGGAGAUCGAAAUCGAUUUUGAAACGCUGAAGCCGUCUACGCUGCGUGAGCUCGAGCGAUACGUUAUGACCUGCCUGCGCAAGAAACCGCGCAAACCAUACGUGGUGAAGAAGGGAGGAGGUGGGAAGAGCCGAGAGGAACUGGCUCUGGAGAAGAAGAGAGAGCUGGAAAGGAGAUUACAGGAUGUGAGCGGACAGCUGAACUCUGCCAAGAAACCCCAGAAACCCAAAGUGGAGAAGCCGAGCGGCGCGGAGCCUCACGCCAUGCCGUCACGUCUCAGCGCCAGCAGCUCCAGCUCAGACUCCUCCUCAUCGUCCUCCUCCUCAUCCUCAUCUGACACCAGUGACUCUGACUCCAGGUGAAGAGGACUCUGGGAAGGCACAGGAAGAACACAGAAGAGACGCGUUGACUCCGUGCCUCCUGAAUCCAGAACUAUGUUUACUUCAGUGUAAAAUAAUGUACAUACUAUGUAGGAUUUUUUUUCUUUUAUAAAGAAGACUUUUACCAAAAUGCCCAUAAUGGGAGACUCUGUUGAGAGUGUGUAAUCAGAACUACGAUUCUUAGUUGAUGAAAUAGCUUGUUGUUUUGUUUUGCUUCCAUUUGGACCGUUUAAUUUAGUCUUUGAACAUCUAUUGCUUCUCUUUGCAUUGCUUUAAGAUCAAAUUGAGCAACCAAAACAUGCAUUAAGGUUUAUAAAGGACCUUCAGUGGGGAAAUGAGAAAGAAAUGACAAAAUUAAGAGUUUGCAUUUGCAUUGGCUUUAAAAUGUUUUGUACGUAUGAUAUAUUCUGAGUAGUUCAGUAACUUUCCAUACGGUUUUGCAGUUCGUGUUCAUCAUGGAGUGAGUGAAUUUUUGAUAUUGCUUUGAUCUAUAAGAAAUUAGUUUAAUUUUAUUUCUUACAUGGUCAAAUCAAUAUCAAAUUGUCUAAUUAGGCAUCUGUGAAAUUGUAUUGAAGAUGCAUUAAUCUCAUAAGAUUAUAGCCAUAACGCCUCGCUGGUCUGGAGGAGCUGGACUGGAUUCGUUCAUGAUCACACUAGAAAAAAGCUGCUAGAUAUAGCCGUUUAAGUUAAAUGUUAACUUGAGAGAUCUGGUUGUAGGCGUCGCAUUUAAGCAAUAGACUGUGUAUAUAGAGUCCGUAAUUUCAUGAUUUUGCUUCUGCUGCUUUCUCGUUUGUAUUUAUUUGCAUUGCUCUAACUCUUUUCUAGAAGAUUCUUUUUGAAUAUAUAAGACACAUGGCAGAUCGUCGUGACAUAAUAUUGCUUAUCUGCAGUAUAAUUAAGAGUUUAUGCGCUCCGGAUUAUACGUUGGUUUUUAUUUGGAUGGAAAUACAAAUACAACAAGUGAACGGUGUGGAGUGGUGUUUCAGUAUUUUAUUUAUGUAUGUUUUGGUUGGUACUGCUCAGCUGUCUUGCAAAACAGGAUAUACUAGGUUGUAUGAAGUGAGUGUUUAAAUAGUGUAAACAUAGUCACUAUGCGGGUGCUUUCGGUUUAGCACAAAGACUUAUAGAAGGUUUGAUUCCUGGUGUUUUAUGAGCGGAAGGUUCACACAGUCUCAGAAAACAUUUAAGUAGCAGGGGAAUUUAUUGGGACAUUUGUGCUGUAAAAGAUCUCAGUGGCAAUUUAUGUAAGUCCAACCAUCAACUAUCCUAACAAAUUUGAUAGCUUAAUGUUUGAAAAUGAAAUUAGGAACAUAAAUAUUAGUAUUGUGAUUUUAUAGCUCUACUAUAAUAUUCUUAGUCUUAUUAUCCAUUAUUAUCAUUACUAUUAUUAUUAUUAUAAUUCCUUUAUUAGUAAUUAUUUAUUAUAUAAUAAAACAAUUAUAAUUAUAU